AUGGGACAACGGGCCAACUACAUACCACCACUUAGUUUCUCUCCCGUGGUUAGCACGGAUGUGUCCCUUUACAGAUCGGGCUACCCUAUGCCCUUAAACUAUGCUUUCAUCAGAGACCAAUUGCACCUAAAGACUAUCAUCUACGUUGGUGAGAAGGAUGAACUUUCGCCUGAAUACGCAGAGUUUCUAGAGCAAGAAAAAAUCCAGUUUCACAGGAUCUACAUGGACUCAUGUCGUGAUCCGGACAUUCAAGAACGUAUGGAUCAAGUACUGCAGUUAGUGCUGGACGUCGAUAACUACCCUAUACUAAUCCAUUCGAACAAGGGCAAGCACCGCGCAGGCGUCGUUGUUGGCAUCAUUCGCAAGUUAUUACAGGGUUGGUCUGUUGCAGGUAUAUAUCAAGAGUAUGGGAUUUUCUCUGGUGGUCUAAAAGGUGAGGUAGAUCUUGAGUUUAUCACUAUGUUCAACACCAAUCUGGUUGUUCCAAGACGGAAAAUGCCCGAUUUUGCAACUUUUCGCCCAGCGGCGUCCGUAGAGCGAGGAAAAGUUGACAGGCUGCACUAA